AUGAUAACUAGGCUCUCCUUUGUUCAAAGGGGACGUCUUCAUAAUCCACUGGCACGAAGUAAGUCUGCAACGAGGCGGCUUUUGCAACAGAACGAUAGUGUCGUUUCGUACUUGGACUAUGCUAAACAAAAGGAUCUGUCAAACAUUUCAACCGUGUUUCAAGGCACUCUUUACGAAUUAUCGACCAAGACCUUCCUAGACGAACAUUUCAACAUAUCCAGGCUACUGCUUCAAGGUGGUGCAAAUGAUAAAGGUAUAGAUAUUAGAUGUGUUUGGGACCUAAAACAGUUCUUGCCUGAAGAUUCCCUUGAGCAACAGGCUUCAAUAGCCAAGUUAGAGAAGCAGUACCAAAUCGGUAACAAAAGGGGGAAGCAUAUAAAACCUUUACUAUUGCGACAAAAUCCAUCCUUGAAAGUAAAGCUGUUUGUUCAAUGUAAAGCAUACGAAACGAAGGAGGUAGAUCCUAAGAUGGUUAGAGAACUUAACGGGACAUACUCCAGCUGCAUCCCAUAUUACGAUCGCUGGAAGACUUUUUUCAUGUACGUAUCGCCCACCAACCUUUCAAAGCAAGCUAGGUAUGAUUUUGACAGUUCUCACAAUCCAUUGGUUUUCAUGCAACUUGAAAAAACCCAACUCAAACUUCAUGGGGAUCCAUACAAUGUAAAUCAUUACGAGAGGGCGAGGUUGAAAAGUUUCCAUUGCAAUCACGUCGCAUCAUGGCUACUGAAAGGCCUUAACUGGGAACGAGACAUCCAAAUAAUCAAAAGAAAGGCGUCCAGUCCUUCUCAAGAACUUUUGUCUCUUGAUACACUCUAG